CUUGCUUGUUUAAGUCACUUAAGUGGCAAUUUGUUCAUGGCCGUUCCAACAUCUGAAUUGUCCACUUCUACAGACAUAAACCCGAAAGUCCCUCUUCUUCCCCACUGAACUUCACCACUUUGCUUAUCCUAUACUCUCGGAUCAGCCCCUUUUCCAUCAAAACCAGAUUGCUCAAAGAUGAGAUAAAACCCAACAUUCUCAAAGCAAUAAUCUUUACAGGAGCGGCAUUUUGAUUUACAGCCGUUCCUGCUGUACAAUUAUUCCCCAAAUUUUGCUUCUAGUGUGUUGUAGUAUAGAAGAACGAACGAACUGGAGUCAAUACAAGAUACCCAGUCCAAGAAACCACCGGGUAACGGUCAGAUCCGAUACCGAUCACCAUCAGCAGCAGAACUUUUAGAGCAUAUGCAACAGGAAGACCCACUUCAAAUGGAGCAUGAGAAAAUGUUGAAACGUAAUAGGCAACAACAUGGGGAUUCAUUUUCUGAUAAGAUCCAUAGAUACCGUGGAGUGAUUCUAGUGAUUUCGGUUCCUAUGUUGCUUAUUUGUUUUGUGCUUUUUGUAAUGCCGACGAGUUACCCUUCUGAUUCAAUGGGGUCAGUUAAUAGGAAGUUUUCUCCUAAGUUUGGAUCUAGAAAUUAUGCAGUUAUAUUUGAUGCGGGUAGUUCUGGUAGUAGGGUUCAUGUUUUCUGUUUUGAUCAGCAUUUGGAUCUUGUUCCCAUUGGCAAUGACCUCGAGCUCUUCCUGCAGAAAAAACCAGGUUUGAGUGCAUUUGCUAGUGACCCUGCAGCAGCUGCAAAAUCUCUUCAGUCACUUCUGGAGAAAGCAGAGGAUGUAGUUCCAAUGGAUUUGUGCAGUAACACACCAGUCAGAGUUGGGGCAACUGCAGGUUUGAGGCAGUUGGGAGGUAAUACAUCUGACAAGAUUCUUCAAGCGGUGAGGGAUUUUCUAAAGAGCAAAAGCAGCCUCAAGUCAAAGGGGAGUUGGGUUACUGUUCUUGACGGGAGGCAGGAAGGUGCUUACCAAUGGGUCACCAUCAAUUAUUUGCUAGGCAAUUUGGGUAGGAAAUAUUCUGAUACUGUUGGAGUGGUUGAUCUUGGAGGUGGCUCAGUACAAAUGGCAUAUGCCAUCUCAGAGUCAGAUGCUCAAAAGGCUCCAAAGCUAUCAGAUGGAGAGGAUACGUACAUGCAAGAGAUGUAUCUCAAGGGGGCAAAAUACUACCUCUAUGUUCACAGUUAUUUGCGCUAUGGAUUGCUAGCAGCUCGAGCCGAGAUUCUGAAGGUGACUAAGGAAUCUGGCAGUCCUUGCAUCUUGACAGGGCAUCAUGGGUCCUACAAGUAUGGAGGAAAGGUUUACCCAGCAUCGGCUAUGUCUCAGGGUUCAAGCAUGACAAAUUGUAGGUUGGUAGCCCUGAAGGCUCUGAAAGUUAAUGAAUCAACAUGCACCCACAUGAAAUGCACCUUUGGUGGAGUGUGGAAUGGUGGAGGUGGAGAUGGUCAGAAGAAUAUGUUUGUUGCCUCAUUUUUCUUUGAUAGAGCUGCUGAGGUUGGUUUUGUUGAUCCAAGUGUAGCUGUUGCUAAAGUUCGCCCAAUUGAUUUUGAGAGUGCAGCUAGACGUGCUUGUAAUACUAGACUUGAUGAUGCCAAAGCUACAUUUCCUCGUGUGGACCCAGAUAACUUGCCAUACUUGUGCAUGGAUCUUGUCUACCAGUACACACUACUUGUUGAUGGAUUUGGACUUGAUGCUCGUCAAGAAAUGACAUUGGUGAAAAAGGUGAAAUACAAGAAUUCCCUGGUUGAAGCAGCAUGGCCAUUAGGUAGUGCCAUUGAAGUCGCGUCAUCAAUGAAUUAACUUCAGAGAUUCAAGAUUUACACAUCCAGUUUUGCCUUUUAUUAGCUUGUGGUUAUCAACUAUCAGCUAUCUCUGACCAGUAACUAGUCUGUUUGUGCUCGAGAAGAUCAUCCUUGCCAUAUAGUUGGAUGCCUGGUCCAAGCAAAUCGCGAUUGUUUCCCCUCUUAUUCGAAGGGGAUGGGUGGUUAAGAAUAAUGAUAAAAUCUGUUUGUGAUUAUAUUGUAGGGAACACUGAUUUGUUUCACGAAAUGAAUGAUAGAUCCAUAUUUUUAUCAACUUCCUCAGUAUUAAAAUCCA